UGACGUGUUAUGCCAUCGUUGGGCCAACACAUCGACUCAUUCACUCGCAGUCAUGCCAUGAGAAGAAGCGGAUCCAUCUGUUGAGAUCAUUCAUACGGAUGAGUCGGAGGGCGGGUAUCGAUGACUCCAAGAGAAACCUGUUUUCGUGGAAAUCAUUUAUGAUAUCCGGAGGGCUUUUCACCGUAUUUUUGGUGGCAUUUCUUCAGUUCAAGAGAGAGAAGAUGUUGUCCUUAGAGAAGGAGAGAAGGCGUUCGAUGGGAAAGGCGUCGAUCGGCGGUCAGUUCGAUCUCAUCGACCAAAAUGGCAAACCCUUCUCAUCCAAAGACUUGUUGGGCAAAUGGCUUCUUCUCUACUUUGGAUUUACUCACUGUCCGGACAUAUGUCCGGAUGAGAUCGAAAAGAUGGUCAAAGCCAUUGAAAUUGUCUCUAAACUACAAGACACUCAGGAAAUCAAACCCGUAUUCAUAACAGUAGAUCCCGACAGAGACUCGGCUGAAGCCGUCAAAGGAUACCUCAAAGAGUUCUCCGAAGAUAUAAUCGGUUUGACGGGAACUAAGGAACAGAUAGAGGCGGCCACUCGUGCCUAUCGGGUCUACUAUUCGGCCGGUCCUCGCGAUCACGAGAACGAUUAUAUCGUCGAUCACACGAUUAUAAUGUACUUAAUUAACCCGAAGGGAGAGUUCAUCGACUAUUACGGACAGACCAAGACUGCCGAAGACAUAGCCAGUGGUGUGUCGAUGAAUAUGCUGAAAUACGCUAGUGCCAAUAAGAAGUUUUCAUUGUUUUGAUUCAAUCAAUUAAAUCAUUUAUUAAUUGAAUUGUUUUUUUU